AUGUUUUUCUUUCUUGAAGCCAUCAAUUGCGGCACAUCAAACUGGAGGGUCACCAACCAAACCAUUAACGUCCAGAUCCAGGGACUUUUCACCACAGCCACAGCAGUAAACAUCUAUGACAGCAGUCCUGUUGAUGGCAUUCCCUCCAAUGUGGACUCUGUUAGUGUGACAGAUCGUACUGAGACUGCAUUAACACUGCAGUGGAACACAGUGAACAACAACAAUGAGUACAAUUACAAUCUGACAUUCAACAGUGGACCAGAAAUAUCCAUCACUGCAUCAGAGGGAAGUGAUAUAGUCACAUAUACAGUCUCAUCUCUCUCUCCUGGGACUAAAUACACCUUCACUCUCUACACUGUGUUUGAAGGAGUCAGGAGCAGUGGAUUCAGCAACUCUACUGUGACCAUUCCCUCCAAUGUGGACUCUGUUAGUGUGACAGAUCACACUGAGACUGCAUUAACACUGCAGUGGAACACAGUGAACAACAACAAUGAGUACAGUUACAAUCUGACAUUCAACAGUGGACCAGAAAUAUCCAUCACUGCAUCAGAGGGAAGUGAUAUAGUCACAUUCACAGUCUCAUCUCUCUCUCCUGGGACUAAAUACACCUUCACUCUCUACACUGUGUUUGAAGGAGUCAGGAGCAGUGGACACAACAUCUGUACUGUGACCAGUAAGUGUCAUGACAAUGUUCUCCAUUCUACAGUGUUUGAUAUCAGUGAGUAG